AUGCGACGCGUGAGCGACGGCCAGUACUCUCUGCAUUUCGAUAUCCGUGAAGGGAUAACGGACGAGCUAAAAUGGAGCAUCCACACCUCGUCAGCUCCAUAUGACAUUGCUGUGCUGACCGAGAAUUGCAAAAGAUGCAAGAAAAGCCCGCAAAUCCUCCGCAAUCAGCCGAUCAAAGAUGUGACGUUAGAGGAAGGGCAAAUCGUCGGCCAUACGAUCGUUCUCGAGAAGGGUGACAAAGUGUUAGCCUGUGCAACGCUGGUCGUCCCUGAGUAUCCCUUGAUGCAAGCCUCCUUUCACGAGGAUCCAAUUCACGGGCAUGUUCACAUCAUUCCGAUGAAAGAUCGGAUGCGAAUCAUGCCCGAUUUACGCUACAAAGUUGACUACGAGGCCAGUGACCCAAGAGCUGAGGUGUUAGACUGGGCAUUUGUUCAGGACUGUGCGAGCAACAAUGUCGAGCAAAGCAGUGAGGGAACAGAGCUUGGAGUGGACAGCCGAACGACAAUCACUUUGGAUACAACUGGCUCGAAUUUAACUCUCCGUAACUUUGCUCUUUUCCGAGGUGGGAAACCGUUUGCAUGCAAUCGCUUGGUGGAUGUUGAGCCAAGGACACUUCAAGCUGGCGAGAAGUUCAAAUUCACACAGGAGCAUUUCUAUUCGGCUACUCGAUGGUCAUCCACCCAUCCGAAUCCCUCAGAAAUUCAUGUACGAGACGAUUGUAUGGAUGUCUCCACAGAAACCCUCCAUCGUUCGUUGGCCAACACGAAAUUUUACCCAUCAAUCUCCAUCUUUGGCACAGACACGCUGAUCUUGAAAUCUCUCGUCCCGUCACCGUCCACCGAUCCCCAGAAAUGUCUCGUGAUGCGCCCGCAUUUCGCUCGACCAGUCGCUUUCUCAACGUUCGCUCAUCCAAUUGUUGGUCAACUCGUUUUGGUGGACACAGACGAUGUGAUAUUUGUGAGUGGAUCGUUGAGACAUCUCUUUGAUGAAGCCGCCACAAGAGCCACCAUACAAGUAUCUCCCCGUUUCGCUGACCCUGGCGGCUGUCCCCAAUACAUUCAGGGAUGCGCCGAUUGCUUCACUCUACAAGAUUCGGCACUCGUUGCAGGGAAAAGUGAUCCGGAUCUAAGCCUCGCUGGAGUGUUGCCAUUCUUCAACUUGAGCAAGAUGCACUCGGUGAUCGUCGAUCUCACAUGGACAAAGGUUUGCGCAAAUCUCACGCAACUUCCCAGUGGCGCCUUGCAGGCACGAGCGAAUAUCCGACGAUAUUCCCCCGUCUCAGCACCCGUUGUCGCAACCGUUGUCCUUCUCGAGUACCCGGCUAACAACUAUACUGAGAUUGUUGUCAACAAGAAAGUCUCAAUUGGAGAGAUUUCAAUGCAUGAGCGGCCUGUGGACAUGACGGUCACUGGUGGGCCACCUUGUGGGGAAUUGACGAUCGGACCCAAAAAGACUUUUCCGUGGAUAAAUGAGCUGAAUCAAGCGCUCACAAAUCGGGAAAAUGACUCAACUCUAAUUGUCGAAGAUCGGCUUAUAUCGGGCUCGAAUUCGGCGCUAAGUUUAUCCCUGUUGCUCAGUGAUUCGAUUCAGGAAAAGAAUGUUUACUGUGGUCAUUUCUCUCUCUCAGCCGAUCCUCCAAUCAAUCGAGUGGCCAUUUUCAAUGAGACGAUUCGCGGCUUUGUCAAAAUGGAGCAAUCACCCGAUCCCUCCGGCUCUUUCCCGACAAUCAUUUCGUAUCAAUUAGAGGAAAUCGAUCAAGAAAAACAUUUCAGCAACAAAGAUGAAGUGUUGCAAUGGGAGAUUGUGAACGAUCAAAAUAUGACUUGCCCGACGGCACUCGUCUACAACCCAACACAAGCGAAUGAAACCGAAUGCUCUCCAGUCACCCAAUGGAUGUGCCCAAUCGGCUUAAAAACGAUUGCAUUGAUUCUAAAUAAACGCGUCUCAAUCCCAGUGAAUGAUUUGUCGCUGCAUGGACCGUUUGGGGUCACCGAUCAAUCACUCCGCAUUCACCUUAAAGAAGGCCCGAUUUGCGAGCCGCUUGUCGAAAUGCAACAGGCGUCUCUUCACUGGAAAACCCUCUCGAAACGAUCACUUUCCGAGCUGCAAAAAGAAUUAGCUGAGAAAUGGGCGCUUCUCGAGUUCCAGAUCCAAAUCAACUACAACCGAGCGCUGAUCGGCGGCCGAUGCUCAACGUACAGGAUCACGUUUUUGACCAAUGGCGAGAAGUUGUCCGAGAUUUUCGACUCCUAUUUGGGUGAGGAGAAUCGUUUCAAAGACGAGAAAGCACUCGAUUGUGGGGAAAAUGGAAACGGAGAAGAGCCUUCUCCAUCCACUCCACCAACUCCAACCGGGAAACCCGCCUCGACAAUUUCCCUCCUCACCCAAAUCCUCUCAAUUUUCUUCGUUUCACUUUUCAUUUUACGAUUG